UUGUUUGUUCAGGGAAGCAAAGAUGAUUGAAAGGUUCUGUCGAUCUGCACGUCCACGUAGCAAAAUCCACUAUGGCUGACGGUGUGAGAACGAUAAAAACAAAAGAAAUCAGUAACUAUUAUAGCGGAGAGAUCCGUGAACUCGUACUUUCUCAUUCCGAGCCCUUGAUUUUUCCUAAAGCUUCUAAACAGUGGCCGUGCUCGAAGUGGACACCUGAAUUUCUCGCUGGAAAACUUGGAAAUGUUCAGAUAACUUUUCGAAUCUGUGCUAAACUUGACUCCCCGUUUUAUAAAUUCCCUUUGAAUAAAGCGGUGACAGAGCCAGAUUGUGAAUAUUCCAAGGCUUCUUUGCAGAAUUUUUGUGCGUGGCUGAAAGAUGAUUUACAAAAUGCUGGCGAUUUAGCCAAAUUCCCAAGGGCACACUAUUGGUGCUAUGCUGAUUACAAGUACAUGGCAGAAAUUUUCAGUGAGCUUCCUUCAUUGAGACAAGGUCCUCUGUGGAAAGCAUUUGGAUUUCCAGAGGUCACGGGUGACCAAUCAACCAUAUGGAUUGGCAGUGAGGRCUCGAAUACACCUUGCCAUCUAGAUACCUAUGGGUGUAACCUUGUCGCACAAAUUUAUGGCCAAAAGAAAUGGACUCUGUUUCCGCCAUCUCAAUCUGACAAGCUAUGCUCAACCAGAAUCCCAUAUGAGGAAUCAAGUGUUUUUAGCCGAGUGAAUAUAAAAUGUCCAGACCUGAGUCUGUCACCUGAAUUCGACAAGGCUGUCAAAUAUGAGGUAGUUUUGAAUCCAGGUGAUGUUCUUUUUGUUCCAAAACACUGGUGGCAUUUUGUGGAAUCAUUGGAACCUUCGAUUAGCACAAAUACCUGGAUUACCUUGGAUAGUGACCAUGUUGACAGAGUCCGUGAAGCUGUCACCAGAACACUGGUUUGUUCACUAAAGGAAAGUGAGAAAGAAGACCCAAAACUUUGGCUCAACCCAACUCAGGAAAUGACAACACAUAUUCAAAAUAUUGAAUAUGUACAGCAAGCUGUCAUGGCAUUCUUCCAAAACCAAACGAGUGGAUCUCAAAGCCGUGCAUUAACCAAUAAUGAUAUCAUUGAUUGCAUUACUGCACCGGAAAUAGUCAACCAAAUUGCCAACCGGUUGAUGUCAAAAUCUAAAACAGGGGAUUCUGCAGCCAAUAUUUCUCCUUUCAAAAUCCCUGCCGAAAGGUCGUGCCACUGUGAGUGCUGUGGACCAGUGUGUAUCAGGACUAGCAUGAUGGCAAAAAAGGCAAAGAGAAGCUUAAGUGUACCCGUUGGAGAAGAACACAAACCUCGGCCAUUUGAUGAUGACAAUGAAGAGAUCCCCAAAAAGAGAAAGAAAAAAUCCUAAAGCAGUUUGCUAUGCCGUGCCAAUGGAUUAGCUUGAUAAUUUUAACUGAUAGAAUUGUAGACAAAAAUACAUAAAAGGGGCACAGACUAUAAUGUAAUGCUGAUAACUUCUCAUUAAUGGCGAUGAUAGUAAUGAUUUUAAUAUAGUAGUGCUCAUGCUAAUGAUUGCAGUGAUGAUGCUUAUAAUUUGAAUCAUAAUGCUAAUAUUACUAAUGCUAAUACUAAUCCAAGUGGCCGCAAUAGACCGUUUUCUCAAAGUUGCGUGCGCAUCCAAAUUUAAGAAAUUGACGGGCCACGAUACCAAAACACGAGUAUUAUCACGCAUUGUUAUGACUUUUUUUCGAUAAGAAUUCAUAGAAUCUAUUAUUUUCCUCGUUAAAUAUAAAACUGUCAAUUUUACUGAAUUUGCGUAUUUCAGGGUUUUUUUUUUUCUUUUAAUAUUAUUUUAUUUAUUAACAAACAUGAAUCAUGAUUACACAUAACAAAUAAUACAAAUAAUUACAAAUAGUGGUUACAUUAGAGUGAAGUCAUUAAACCCGUGAAGUAGAUGUUAGACUAAUACACUUUAGUAGACCCUAAUUCCAUUGUUUUCUUUUGUGUCUUUUUGGCUAUUACACGUUAACUAGUACUUAUUUCACGCGUAAAUUGCCUUCGCUCUACUAAUGCUAAUGCUGAUAUUAACACUAGGAAAUAACGAAAGAGCAGAGCAGCACCACACAACAGAAAUCACUUUAGCUCGGUUUGUCAGCCCAGGACACGCAACUGCCAGAAUCAAUUCAAUGGCUUACUGCAGAUAUCGGUCACAAAAUUCCAUAUAUUUUUAAUGACAUUACACUUGUUGACAAAUCUCUCGUACUUUCUAAGUAGCCUUAAAAAGGAAUACUAGUUAAACUAGCUCACAGGAAGGUAAAUUUGCACCGUCGGCAUUCUGUAAGACUAUUCGCCUUUCCAAGUAGUAUGGGCCUCAUGGCGCCUGAGAUUGGGGAGCUGAAUUUGGGGCACGAGGUGGCAAAGCUUAGUUCCUAUGCACCACGAGGUCAUCUUCGAGAGGCACACACUGAAGGUAUUGCCGACAUUAAAUAAGGUGGCUUUAAUAUUUAUAUAGAUUGUAUAAGAAAAAGAUAAAAGUAAAAUGCUUAUACAGUGA